GUCUUAUCAACUCGUUCAAGAAAACGUUAAUCCCCUUGAUUUUUUUUUUGGUAUAACCAAAACGAGAGAGAGAGAGAGAGAGAGAGAGAGAGAGUUUUGGGGGAGUAAGCAAUGGGGGAGGAGAAGAGGAGAGAGUGCAUGGAGAAGGCGAGGCCGUACAUAUCGGUGGUGUUAUUGCAAGUAGGGCUAGCGGGAAUGGACAUUCUCUCCAAAGCCGUUCUCAACAUUGGAAUGAGUAAUUACGUCCUCGUCGUCUACCGUCACGUCGUCGCCACCCUCGCCAUCCUCCCUUUCGCCUUCUAUUUCGACAAGAAAGUGAGGACGAAGAUGACGAUGAGGGUGUUCAUCAACGUAAUGUUGCUCGGCUUACUUGAACCGGUGAUCGAUCAGAACUUGUACUAUCUUGGGAUGAAAUACACAACGGCUACCUUUGCAUCAGCCAUGUACAACGUCUUACCCGCUAUCACGUUUGUUCUCGCCUAUAUCUUCAGGCUUGAGAGAGUGAAGCUGCGGUGCGUCAGGAGCGCGGCUAAGAUCUUAGGGACAGCGGCUACGGUCUCUGGGGCUAUGAUGAUGACACUCGUGAAAGGCCCGGUUCUUCACCUCUUUUGGACUAAAGGCGCGUCGACGAAUGAUGGUGGAACGGCCGGGACAGACAUCCAUAGCGCGAUCAAAGGCGCGGUUUUGAUCACAAUAGGCUGUUUCAGCUACGCAUGUUUCAUGAUUCUCCAGGCAAUCACGUUGAAGACAUACCCGGCCGAGCUUUCACUCACGGCUUGGAUAUGCUUGAUGGGAACAAUCGAGGGAACAGCCGUGGCUCUCGUGAUGGAGAAAGGAAAUCCCGGCGUCUGGGUCAUUGGUUGGGACACCAAGCUUCUCACCGCCACCUAUAGUGGAAUCGUAUGCUCGGCACUUGCUUAUUACAUCGGAGGAGUCGUGAUGAAAUCCCGAGGCCCCGUGUUUGUGACGGCCUUUAACCCGCUCUGUAUGGUAAUAGUAGCAUUCAUGUCCUCCGUCAUCUUCGCCGAGCAGAUGUACCUGGGAAGGGUUCUUGGUGCUUUAGUUAUAUGUGUAGGAUUGUACUUUGUGUUGUGGGGAAAAGGCAAAGAUUACGGGUACCCGUCAACGCCGAUCGAUGGCGAACCAUCACAAGGAAAACCAGAAAUGGGCGGAAACCGUGACGGUAGAUUGGAUCUUGAAGAGAUCACGAUCAACGGACAAGAGAGAGCUCCCAAGACGGAACAAGAACAGAGAAAAACAGUUGAAGAAACAGUUUAAACUUGUAGUAUCAACAUAUUGUUUGGUGUGGAGGAUUCACAGUGGAUGGCAGUUUAAUAUGUUGUCCAAUA